GACUUGACGCCUCCCUACAACACGGGGGUCCUCGGACACAGACGCGGCUGCUGUCAUGAGAGGAGCGGGUCGCUGGAGAGACACACACGGCGCCGACAUUAACCAUUAACGUGUUAACGCUCCCGUCGGGGACAGCUCGGGUACACACACCGUGGAUAAAACCCGGGGGGACUGCAGCGGGACGUCUCUUUUCUCUGUCAUGGACUCCCCCGGUGUGAGUAGCUGACAGCCGCACUUUUCCUCUCUGAGCGACCUGCUAAGCAUGGCAGCACACACCACAUCAUAGACAGUCCACUACUAACAGUUUGGAAAGACGUAAGUGGAAAAGGAAGUGGGAGAGGAACAAGAGAGAGUGUGGACACUGUUUACCAUCAGGAGAGAUGGGUGAGACGGAGGAUGAACGUAUGGCGCAAGCCAGUGUCCUCUUUGAGAACUUUGUGCAAGCAUCUACCUGUAAAGGGACUCUGCAGGCCUUCAGCAUCCUCUGCAGGCAGCUGGAGCUGGACCCUCUGGAUUACAGCAACUUCUACACCUCACUCAAGGCAGCAAUCAGCACCUGGAAGGUCAAGGCUCUGUGGACCAAACUGGACAAAAGGGCACAGCACAAGGUCUACAACCAGAAUAAAGCCUGCCUGGGCACUAGGUGUUUGAUCAUCGGUGGUGGUCCUUGUGGUCUACGGACGGCCAUCGAGCUGGCCCUGUUGGGCUGUAAGGUGGUGGUGAUCGAGAAGAGAGACACCUUCUCCAGGAACAAUGUGCUCCACUUGUGGCCUUACACAAUAGAAGACCUCAGGGGCCUAGGAGCCAAGAAGUUCUACGGCAAGUUCUGCGCUGGCUCCAUCGACCACAUCAGUAUCCGCCAGCUCCAGCUGAUGCUGCUGAAAGUGAGUCUGAUCUUGGGAGUGGAGGUUCACGUCAAUGUGGAGUUCAGCAAGCUGGUGGAGCCACCAGCAGAGCAGACUGACGACAGUCCUGGGUGGCGAGCAGAGGUCCGGCCCUCCAACCAUCCUGUCUCAGAUUUUGAUUUCGAUGUGGUGAUUGGAGCUGAUGGACGCAAAAACACAUUAGAUGGUUUUGGUCGCAAAGAGUUUCGAGGGAAGUUGGCCAUCGCCAUCACAGCUAACUUUGUCAACAGGAACACCACAGCAGAGGCUAAAGUCGAGGAGAUCAGUGGGGUCGCCUUUAUCUUUAACCAGAAGUUCUUUCUGGAACUUAAGGAGGAGACAGGAAUUGACUUGGAGAACAUAGUUUACUACAAAGACAACACACACUACUUUGUCAUGACAGCGAAGAAGCAGAGUCUGCUGGACAAAGGGGUCAUCAUAAAUGACUAUAUAGAGACGGAGCGACUGUUGAGCGUCGACAACGUCAACCAGGAAGCUUUGCUGUCCUACGCCCGUGAGGCAGCUGACUUUGGCACAAACUACCAGUUGCCGUCUCUUGACUACGCCAUCAACCACUAUGGUCAACCAGAUGUAGCCAUGUUUGACUUCACAAGCAUGUACGCCUCAGAGAACGCUGCCCUGAUCAGGGAGAAGCAUGGACAUCAGUUGGUGGUCGCGCUGGUGGGAGACAGUCUGCUUGAGCCCUUCUGGCCGAUGGGCACAGGCUGUGCUCGGGGUUUCCUGGCAGCCUUUGAUGCUGCUUGGAUGGUGAAGGGCUGGGCUCAGGGCAGGAGCCCUCUGGAGAUACUAGCCGAGAGGGAGAGUAUCUACCGGCUGCUGCCUCAGACCACCACAGAGAACAUCAGUAAAAACUUUGAACAGUACACCAUUGAUCCCGCCAGCCGCUACCCCAACCUCAACUCCAGCUGUGUUCGCCCACACCAGGUGCGUCACCUAUUCAUUAAUGGCCAACAGGACUCGUGUCACCUGGAAAGUGGAGCACCCACACGUAGAUCAGUGAACUUGUCCAGAAGAGAGUCUGAGGUGCGUCCUGGCCGGCUGCUGACCUGGUGUCAGAAGCAGACUCAGGGCUACAGAGGGGUCGAUGUCACCAACCUCACUUCUUCCUGGAAGAACGGCCUGGCCCUCUGCGCUCUCAUACACCGCCAGAGGCCUCAGAUCAUUGACUAUGACUCUCUUAACGAGGAGGACGUGGCGGGGAACAACCAGUUGGCGUUUGACUUGGCUGAGCGAGAGUUUGGCAUCCAGCCGGUGACCACAGGAAAGGAGAUGGCUGCGGAGGCCGAACCAGACAAGCUGAUCAUGGUUCUCUACCUCUCCAAGUUCUACGAGGCCUUCAGGAACUCCCCUGGAAACGACAACGGUUCAAGAGAACCAGAUGAAAACAAUGAAGAAUAUCCAGCUAAAGCCAACCUGAAAACGAUGAACCAGCCCAGGAAGAGGAUACCCAGGGAUGACAAGAAACUGGAAGACGAUUCCGUGAACAAGAGACGGCGAAAAGGCAACAACUACCUCUCUGAGCUGUCCUGUCACAGUGCCCCCCCUGCUGGUGAGGACGGGGAGCUGCGGGAGAACAAGGUCCGCUCCAUGGCAACUCAGCUGCUGGCCAAGUUUGAGGAGAACUCAUCGACUGCAAAGAUACGCAGCAAGUCUGAUGAGGAACAAUCAGAUCCAUCCUUCUCUCCUCCUCUGUCUCCUUCCACCACCCCACUUCCUCUGUCAGAGGAGGAGGACGACAGGGAAAACCCCCGUUUUGCAAGGCCCAAGGAUGUUCCCCUUCCUAUUUCUCUUCCUCCCCCUCGCCCCAAGUGGCAGCCUUCCAUCUACCUCCGCUUACUGGAGAAUCCCAGUGCUGUGGCUGAGCAGACCACCUUCCUCUAUUCGCCCAAAUCUCCUCCCCUCAGUCGCUCUCCUUCACCCUCGCGCUCUAAGAGUCCAUUCAGUCCUCCCCGCUCACCGAGCCCUAAUUUUUCCACACGUUGCUACCCAGAACGCACCUCUCCUGACCUGACAACCCAACAUUUCUCUGCUUCUUCUCUGACCGCGUCUGAUCACGAUCAUUCCUCUGAGAGGUCAGAGACGUCGGCACAGCAGAGACUGUCUGCCAGAGAGUUUUCCAGGAGGAGUAUAAAGGACAGAGCCGUCCUCCUCUCCUCCUUGUUUCCUGGCUCCAGCAGACCUCCUCCUGCUCCUCUUUCUCCUCUUCCUAAAUCUCAGGUGGAUCUAUCUGCCUCUCCUCCCUGCUUGUCCCCACCUCCUCCUGCUCCUCUCUCUAUCUCUGCAUCUAAAUGCUCCACCAUCUACCCUGUAGUCCACCCCAUCCCUGAGCCCACUGCCCAGGCUGGUUUCUCCUCUGUCCCCUUGGACACUACUGGACACAAGGACAAGAUAAUGAUAGACUCCUCUCUUUACUUCUCUUUCACUGACUCUGAAAAAACAGAUCAAACCUCCUCUCUUCACGUUGAUUCCUCCACAUGCAGCACCAAAACGUCUUCUGCACUUGCUUCAUCCUGCUUUGACGAGAGCCAGGAGCUCUCCUCUCCGCUCUCUGAUACGAACUGUGAAAAUGGACACCGCAGCUCGUCUUCUCCUCCACUUUCUUUACUGCAUGAGAAAAACUAUGAGAGGAGGCAGGAAAGUGGGCAGCAGAAGCUCCACAAAACUGCUCAGGAGACAUGUGACGAUAAGAGUUUAGAUGAAAAUGAUCACAUGAAGUGCAAUGGGAGCUGCGCUCUUGAGACCCCCAGAAGAAUCAGUUGUAAGUCAAUAGUCCGCUCUGAGAGUUGUCCCACCGGAGCUCCUAAGUACAUUAAAGAGCGAACAGUGGGAAAGGUAUCAUCCGCCAUAGGUGCUAAAGCUCAGUUACUGGCCAUCCUCUAUGAGACAGACCACAGGCCCAAUGCCACACCGUGUGUGGUACGUAAGGACCUCGCUCCCGGCCUCGGGGGCAGCGACGUCUGCCACUUCUGCACCAAGCGGGUGUACGUGAUGGAGAGACUGAGUGCCGAGGGAUACUUCUUCCACCGCGAGUGUUUCCGCUGUGACGUCUGUAACUGCACCCUCCGUCUGGGUGGCCACACCUUUGACUCGCAGGAGGGAAAGUUCUACUGCAAGGCGCAUUAUGCUCAGCGCCAGUCCAGCAUCUACACGGGGAGGUUCAGAAGGAGAAUGGACGAUCGUGUCACACCCUCAUCCCUGAGCAGUGGGACCUACUCGGCAACGGGCAGCGUCCAGAUCCAGCCCUCAGGCGGGGCGUCCAGCUUGCAUUCAGAGCAGCUUGAUAAAGGUCAGAAAAGAGUUCCUGAAGACACAGAGAUGGCAGUUGAAGCUCUGGAUGCUUCCUGCAUUGUCAAACCCGAAGCACAAGACGCUGCAGGGGCCAAGGGCCAAACUCAGGAAAGCACCAAAGCUCGCUCCAGCACCAAACAGAAUAAUCGAUGGAAACGGAAGAUUAGAGCGACCUUCCCUCUGAUCUUCAUCAAGCACUUCCAGAGGAGCUGGCCGCUGGACAAAGAGGGACCAGAGACUGUCCCUGAAGCCGACUUUGACUUUGAGGAGAUCAUUGCGGCAGAAACCGGCUCAGAGAGCAGUUCCAAGAUGUCGGCGAAUACCCAGAAUCCCUCAGAGGGAAGUCAGAGGAGUGAGGAGUGCGCGGCCGCAGUAAAGACGGACGGCAGCUCGUCUAUCCCAAAGAAACGCUUGAUGAUAUCUCUGUCGGAGAAACAGAAGCUUCUGAACUGGGACGUCCUGGUCACGCCAGAGGAACCUGCGAUAAAGACCAAAAACCCACUUCAACAGAAAGACCAGGUACAAGCAGAGACAGAAGCAGAUAAGCCUCAGACAGACUCGUGCCAGGAAGGGGAACAAACCCAGAGCCAAACCUCUGCCUCGCCCCCCUCAGCCUUCCAGCUCAUAGCCAACGCCUUCAGGAGGACAUUUAGUGUGACCAAUCCCUCCAGUGGCUCCAACACUGCAGUCCCUAUGAGGACCAAACAUGGCGGCCCCCGAAAACAGAGGCCCAUGUCAGAAGGAACAUUCAACUUUAGCGCCCUCUUCAGCACCACCAUUCAAGAGCCAUCGGAAGACCAGAACAGGGCCGGCAAGCGCGAAGCUCGGUGGGCGUCUGUAGGGGCCGAUCCGUGGGGGGCCGGGCAGGACCUGCCCUCGCUGCUGCAGCAGGUGUCCCUCAGGGGUCGCAGGGACUCCGGAGGGGUGUUCUCUGACGACACGGGCUCGUUGCCCCGCAGGAGGGUCAACUUGUUCUCUUCCCUGAGGCUGAGGAAGAGGGAGGAUUCAGAAAGUGAGGGGCCGGACCACGAGGUGCAGAAGGAAAUCAGGACCAUACUCACCAACCUCAGGAACAAAGCCUCGUCCAAGCAAAAUUUAGAACGGUCUUCUUCUAGCGAAGAUGAAGAUGAAAACAUGACAUCCAAUCAGACGCUUUGCCCAGAGAGGCAGAGGAGGAAGCAGGAGAAGACGAUCGCCCAGCAGGCUAAAAGAGAACAGCUGAAGAGGCUUCACAGAGCUCAGGCCAUCCAAAGACAGCUGGAGGAGGUUGCAGAGAAGCAGCGAGAUCUGGAGGAGAGAGGAGUGGGCAUAGAAAAGAUCAUAAGAGGAGAAACAGAGUCACCUCAGACAGAUGACAGCGACGAGGCCCAGCUCUAUCAGUCCUGGUUUAAAUUGGUUCUGGAGAAGAACAGAUUGGCCCGCUAUGAGUCUGAACUCAUGAUCUUCGCACAGGAGCUUGAACUGGAGGACACGCAGAGCCGCCUGCAGCAAGAUCUACGACACAGAAUGGCAACAGAAGAUACAAAGAAGAGCGCCUCUGAGCUGCAGGAGGAGCAGGAGAUGCUGUCAGAGAUCAUGAGGACGGUGGAGAAACGAGACAUGUUGGUUUCCAUCCUGGAGGAGCAGAGGCUGAAGGAGAGGGCUGAGGACAAGGACCUGGAGAGCCUCGUGCUGUCCAAGGGCUACGAGUUUCACUGGGCCCAGGCGGAUGACAGCUGGGGGCAGGAGAGGCUGGAGUGAAGACUCAAUGUUGAGGAGCAGGAUGGAUGGAGAAGCACUGUGAUUCUCUAUCUAACACUAUUUUAAAGGAACACAGGUUGAAAUUUUACCAUAAUACUUAUUGUCUGGCUAAUUCUCAUGAAGCUACAAAUGUAGAAAAUGUGGUGAGGACGGAAAAGUCACGAAAGUGUCUGUGUUCGUUCACCCUGAAGAAGACGGCGAGGCUUCGUCUGGUCUGAGUCUGUGCUGGUAUGCUGAGCUCAGAGGAGGAAGGAUGGAAAUGGAGCCUGAGCUAAUGACUUCCUUUAGACAUUACCGUUUCUCUGCCAUUAAGGUUAUUUGACCUCUGUGCUCACAAGUGUAAUCUGUCACGGCCCAGGCUGACACUGACCUCAAACUGGAUGUUCAGUAUGCUUAACCACUUCUAAUUAUGUGACUGGCUGCCUUGUAAAAUGCUGGCGCACCUCACAAACCAAACUGACUGCCUAAUCAACAGCUGCUUUAUGCAUCUGCUUGCCUUAAGAGUGGAAUUGUUGUGGCGGAUUUGUUGUUAAUGUAACCCCGUAUGGCCUCACUGGAUAGCACAUGGAAUGACUCAAUACUGUUUUAGUGUUUUGCACAGCACGACAUGUUUUUAAAUUUGUGUCAUAAAUCCAGAGAUCACUUUGUAGUUUUGUAUGCGAGUGUGAGCGCUCUUGUCCGUAUUUUAAUAUAGUUAUAUUGUCACUUUGUGCUGGAACACUGUAAAAUAAAAUGAGUAUCUACACCACUGAACACAGGAGGAGAGAGUCCCACCUGCCACAUAUCUGUAGUCAGGUCGUAAGACGUCCCUCUGUCAGGUGGCUGCGUGACACAACAUGCAACACAACUGAGGACUAAAUCACACAGCAGAAAAUGGAAUCUGCACAGGUCGAGACUUUCAUGAAUGUUGCACAUUUGGUCAUACACCUGUCCCAGCCCUAAUCCACCUGCUGUGAGAUCUCUGACCGGGGCUGGAGGUUCAAGACAUAUAAAGCAGUUUCCUGCUCAACAUAAGUCUGUGACUAACUACUGUCAGUUCAACUGUGACUGUUUGUUUUGCUCGUUUUAACCUAGUGUGUGGGCUGUGAGUCAAAAUGACAGGCUCGGCUCCCUUUUGAGAAGAUGAAUAAUGUGUUUACAUGAUUUACUUUUUUUUUUUUUAAAUGCCUGGUCAAGAAACCGCAUUUCUCAUUUAGUCCCUGGGCUUUAAAUGUUUUGUCUGUUUGUGUUGUGAAUUAACAAACACUAAAUUCAGAAUAAGUUAUGUUUUCA